AUGGGCGUUCUUCACGCCAGUCAGCCCGAACACGGGGGCAAGCGGCGAACAGUUGCUGCUGCUACCCACGAAGCAGAUAACACUGCGAGCCUUGGCGACGAAUAUGCUGGGCGAGCUCUGCAGCAAGCAACGGGCGAUCUGGAGCGCGAUCGGCAAGCGUUUGAGGAGACAGUCAGGCGCAUGCAACGUGAACUCGACGAACGCGAGACUGCUGUUCAGGAAAGAGAGCAGGCAUCCCAAAAGCGAGAAGCAGAAGGCAAGGAGCAGACUGCGGUCAUGGAGGAACAACGGUUGGAAUUACGAAAGAGGGAAGAGGCGGUCACGGACUUGGCCCUCGCUGUGAAGAUUGGUCGCAACGAGGAGAUCAUAGCUGAGCUUGAGGCGCUGUGGCAAUGUGCAUUAUGUUAUGAUGUUGUGUACGCCUUCCGUAAACCAUUAGUCGGGUUGCUCGGUUAA